CUGUCUUCAGUCUGUAUGGAUGCAGUAUUACAGAGGAACAGAGUCUCGUCCUGACUUCAGCUCUGAACUCAAACCCAUCACACCUGAGAGAACUGAACCUGAGAGGGAAUACACUAGGAGACUCUGGAGUGAAGAACCUCAGUGAUCUACUGAUGAACACACGAUGCAAGCUGGAGAAACUAGAUCUGUGUUUAUGCAGUAUUACAGAGAAACAGAGUCUCGUCCUGACUUCAGCUCUGAACUCAAACCCAUCACACCUGAGAGAACUGGAUCUGAGUGAGAAUCACAUAACAAACACAGGAGUGAAUCACUUGUGUGACAUACUGAAGGAUUCACGCUGUAAACUGGAGAGAUUGAGUCUAAAUCGCUGUGGUAUUACAGACGUUUAUUCUUUAACUCAGUCUUUGAGAAACACAAAAGCGCUGCGGUUUCUAAAAGAACUUAAUCUGAGUGAUAAUAUGAUUGGAGACUCGAAGCAGCAGCUCAUUUAUGUGCUACGAGACUCAAACUGUGAACUGAGAGUCCCUGAUAGAGUUCAGCCGUCACAGGAUGAUGGAUGCUGUAUAUCAUAGUUAGAGAUGAUGAUGAGAGGAGCAGUGAACAUCAGCUGAGAGCUUCAACUCUGUGUCUGUGAGCAGAAAUACAUACAGCUGGAAGAGACUCAGACUUUACAAUCAAAACAUGUCAUACUGAAUGAUUCGUGUUGUUUUAUUUAAAGGUGAAACAGAAGAAGAAGCUCGGAUGAGUCUGUCUGGCUCUUCAGUUUAACACCUACAAACAUAAUAAUAUUUGUAUUAAACUCAUCCAUAAUGAUUCAUGUGAUUCUAAUCAUAAACGUGAUUGUCAAGUGCAGCACUUAAACGUAUCAAAAGAUGUAAAGCAAAUCUACAAUGUGAAAUAUCCAUGUCACUUAAAACAUUUACAUGAUCGCUCUCAUUUUAUACUCACUGUUACUCUGUUAUUUUAUAUUAAGUUAGUUAUGUGUGUGUCUGUUGUUAAUGUACAGAUAUCCAGUAUAUUGUCAGAUGAAGAGAGAUUCUUUCUUAAAUAAAUGCAUGAAACAUAAAACCGUAUGAGCGAUUGUAACCUAGAUGAGGAUCCAAAUGCAAGGCUUUAUUAAAUCUCCUUUGUU